AUCAGUGCCCUGAUGAUCGAUCCCAGCAGUGCCACCCGCAAGAUCCGCCCACCUGUGCCCAGCAGUGUGCCCACUAGCUCCGCCCACCUGUGCCCAGCAGAUCACCCACCUGUGCCCAGCAGUGCACCCACCUGUGUCCAGCAGUGCACCCACCUGUGCCACCUCUGCAGUGUCACACACCUGUGCCCAGAAGUGCCACCUACCUGUGCCCAGCAGUGCCACCCACCUGUGCCCACCCACCAGUGCUGCCCACCAGUGCCACCCACCAGUGCAGCCCAGCAGUGCUGCCCACCAGUGCCACCAGUCAGUGCCCAGCAGUUGUGCCAGUCAGUGUCCAGCAGUGAUGGCAGUCCAGUGCCAUCUAUCAGUACCCAUUAUCAGUGUCACCUAUCAGUGCCGCCUAUCAGUGCUGCAUAUUAGUGCCGCCUAUCCGUUGACACCUCAUUAGUGCUGUCUAUCAGUGCCCUUUAGUGCUGCCUAUCAGUGCCCAUCAGUGCUGCCUCAUCAACGCACAUCAGUGAAGGAGAAAAAUUACCUGUUUGA